AUGAAUAUCUUAAUCACAAAGAGGCCUGUUCUUCAACUGGGUCCUCAAUUUUCUCAUCAAAAUUAUUCAUUUCGCUCAUCAUUCUUAAGCCAGAAAAAUCCAAACUUUCUGAAAUAUCCCCCUUGUAGAGGAGUUUCCUACGACCCAAAGACCGUUACUUUCUGCGCCAAUACAGCUUCUGAGACAUUGGUUAGCUAUGGUGGGUGGGACCAUCCUCAGCUCGGAGGGAAGUUUGAGUACACCAGUGAGUACGAUCAGCUGAAGAACUUUUUGUUUUCUGUUGGAAUUAGUGAUAAAAAGUAUCUGUUUGUUUAUUUGUUGGGAUUUAUUUGUGCUCUGGCAAUUUCUAGAAUCAGGAUUUCUUCCAUAGUAGUUAUUCCAGCUUGUGUUGUUGCUUUUGGGGUUGGGUUCUCAGUGGGAUUUUUCAAUGGGGGUCAUGUCAGCUUGAUUGGGGCUAACAAGAAGCCAAAACUUGAGAACUUUAAGCAUUUAACUGAAAAACUGGGGAAUCUACUGGAUUUGUUGGGGGGAUGUGAUGUCAACAUUGAGAAUUUGAAGAAUGGUUUACAGAAAGGUAUUAACUGCAAUCAGAUUAGUCUGAAAGAUUUGCGAAGUUUCUUGAAAGCUUUAGAAUCAAUUGAUUUAGCUACCAUGAAUGCUAAAAGCGUUGCAGAAGAUUGUAUGGGUGGUAUGUUAGCCGAAAACCAAGAUGUGGAUAGAAAUUCGAAUCAAAAGUCAGUUAAGAGGAAGAAAGAGGGCAGUGACACUGGAUUAAGCUUUGCUGGCUUUUUUAGUAAUUUGUUUCAGGAAAGAUCUACUGGCUUGAAACCUUCUAAAAUGAAAGAUUCGGGCAAGAAGGAAUCCAAGAAUGUGGAGGCUUUUCAAGGGGCACAAAGCAAUGGCUUAGCUUCUUCAGUUGAAGAAAGAACAAGAAAGUAUCCUUUAAACAAAAACGUGGAAGAUGAAACCUCUUUUGAUGGUUCUGCUAGAAAUCGAAAUAGUGCUGAUAACUUGAUUAAUGGUGCUCGUAGGGUAAAUGAAGUUUUCAAUAGAGACAAUCUAAACUUUGCUGGAACAGAUGGUGUUAAAUCCACUGUUAAGAGUACCAAGUAUACUUAUCACAGAAGGAAAUUGGAGUAUAUGAGCAACCAAGAAGUCUCUUGGAAAGCUGGGCACUCUAGAAAUUUUGGAAGAUGGGAUUCACAGGAUGAGAUACUUGAUGCUCUGGACUUAAAGGCAAGUGUCAAGCAUCAGCAUAGUGAGACAGAGUUUGCACAAGAAGUGACGAGAGAUGAUUUGGAAAAUGAAGUAGAUGGGUAUGACAGCGGAGACACUGAUAAACAUGAGGCUUAUGGAUCUGUUCAGGGUAAGGGAAUGAUUGCUGACAGUGAAGCCACCUCUGUUAAUGAUGAUUCUACAGGAGCAUCAGGGGAUAUGGAGUUCAAUCGGUAUCUUGUAGAAGCUCAUAGUCUCCUGAAAGCAGCUAAAGAAUGUCUUUUGCAACAAGGUGAUGAUGAGACUGCUGAGAACUACCUAUAUAAGUCCGCGGGAUUACUGUUGAAAGCCAAAAGCAUAAGACCAAUGAGCUUGUUAGCAGCUGGCCAGUUGGGAAACACGUAUCUCCUUCAUGGAGAAUUGAAAUUAAGGCUCAGCCGUGAUUUGAGAGCUUUAAUAGCUACAAAUAAUCCAGCGACAAUGGAUGAAUGGAAUAUUGAUGAUAACAUAAUGUUCAGGAAGGACAAACUUUCAUCUGCUCUUGUGAAUGUCUGUAAUGAAUGUGAAGAGCUUCUUGUCAGUGCAGGAAGAAACUAUAAACUGGCCUUGUCAAUUGAUGGAAAUGACAUGAAAGCCAUGUACAACUGGGGCUUGGCUCUUUUCUUCCGUGCACAGUUAAUUGCUGAUAUUGGACCUGAUGCUGCUCGUGAUGCAGACAAGGUUUACUUGGCGGCAAUUGAUAAAUUCGAUGCCAUGAUGUCCAGAAGCAAUACUUAUGCACCAGAUGCUCUUUUCAGAUGGGGUACAGCACUGCAACAAAGAUCUCGCCUGCGCCCGAGGAAUAGCAAAGAGAAGGUGAAGUUAUUGCAGCAAGCUAGAAGGCUCUAUGAAGAUGCACUUAAUUUUGAUUCUGAUAAUAUCCGAGUUCGAGAAGCUUUGUCUUCAUGUGUGUCAGAGCUGAAGUAUUGGUUUGAUUAG